CAAACCCAAAGUAUUUUCAAUUAAUAUGAGUACAACUGUGGUGUUGAAAAUUCUACCCUUGAGCAUAUUACUCCUUGGUUUAGUGCAAGGCGAAGCCACGCAAACGACGACCAUGUCUUUGACGGUGGAACAAAGGAAACUGCAAUCCAUGGAGUCCAGCAUGGGCCUUGACCAGCCCAUUUGCACGAAUUUCUAUAAAUAUGCCUGUGAGAAAUGGUCAUUUCUAAGAUCAAUAGAGACCAUAAGAGAGCUGGAAGAGAACAUAGGAAAACAAAUGGACCAAAUUAUUGGGGUAUUUCCCAAUCUCAAAUAUCCGCAGUUUUUAAGCAGCAUACAUAAUCACUAUCAGUCGUGUAAAAAUCGUGGCGAAUUCGAGGUGCUUAACUAUUUGAAAUGGAUGCAUGAUAAAACCGAUAUAAAAUGGCCUUUGGUAAGACAGCAGCAGAAUGAGAGGGAAGAUGCAAAAGAAGCAGAAGAAGCUUUAGCGUACGAUUGGAUAGAGUUGCUGGCCUUGACACGCUCAUAUGGCUUUAAUGACAUAUUCAUCUAUGAAAGUGUGGUACAGCGUCAAGAUGAUCCCCUGAAGCUGAUUAUAGAAAUCAAAAGACCCGCUCUCUAUGCCAUAGGCGACUUAAGAUCUCAGGUGUAUGAUACCAAAGGUCACCUGCAGCAUAUGGACAUGGAGGGGUUUCGAAAUUUUCAAUUGGAUUUGCUCAAUCUGACAGUGCGUUUAGUGGAACGCCUGGAAAAAGCAAGUUUCGAACAUAUCAUGGAAACCAAGAGCCAACCGGGUGACACAAAACCCCAACUGGUGAAAGUGAAGGAACUGCAACUACCUUGGCUGGUGAAGUAUUUGGAAACACUGCUCAAUAGAAGCCCCUUGGAUGCCGACAUGGAGAUUUACAUCAACAGUGUGGAAUAUCUGCAUACGGUCUACAGUUUUAUGAAUGAGCGUGGCAAUCGCUUUAUGACCGAAUACAUUCAACUAAGAUUUUUCAUAUAUCUACAGCAACAGCAUUUGAAUCGCGGUUUUGAGUGCGGCCAUGAUAUUCGCGAAAGUUUUCCUCUGGUUAUGCAGUGGGCCUAUGAGCAAAAUAAUCUACAAUUGAAGUGGCAAAUACCAAGAGUGGAAAAAAUGUACGAUAACCUGAAGCAACAAUUUCGUCAAUCAUUGCUGGCAAAUAGUUACAAUUUCGGUGAGAAUGUGCACCAGUAUCUUCUAGAGAAACUGGAUAACCUGCAAUUGAUGAUGGGCCAAAUGAAUGUUUUUGAGUUGCAGCGUUACUAUACCAAUUUAAGUCUCGCUAAGAACAACUACUAUGGCAAUCAUUUACAAAUAACAAAUUUUCAUUUCAAACGCCUGCAUGAGGCUCUGUACGGUGAGCAACUCACUCCCAGCUCGCCCGUUAUGUGGCAUUUACAACAGUUUGCGGAGUAUGGCCAGAGUCUUGACAAAACCCUUACCCUGGCACAUUUGCCCAAAUUGUAUCCUAGACUCAAUGUUAUAUACCUGCCUUUGACUUUGUUGCAGCCGCCCUACUACGAAGAUGGCUUGAGCGAGGAGUUUAUCUAUGGUUCCACUGGUUUCUGGCUGGCCCAUGCCAUUGUCAAGUCCUUCGAUCAGCAUCACCUGGCCUAUGAUGCCCAGGGUAAAGUUAACAUACAAAUGUUGCAACAGAUUCAAUCGAAUCAGAAAUUCGAAAAAUCCCUUAUAGAGCUUAGAAGAGACUUUGCCAAGAAUGACUUUGGCGAUUCGGAAAAUGUAGGCAAUGAUCUGGGUGGGUUAAAGUUGGCCUACAACUCAUUUGCUGCCCUUAAACGAGCAAAUCAUUUAAACAGAGCAUUCACCCUUCACAAUAGCUCAUUUACCAGCGAGCAGUUAUUCUUUUUGAAUUAUGCCCAGAACUUUUGCAGUGCCCUAUGUAGCUACAGUUACUUGGGGCGCCUUUUUUAUGACGUCUGCGAACGUGUCAAUAUCCCUGUGCAUAAGUUUAAAGAAUUUCAUCGGGCAUUCGAUUGUCAUGGACAAUCCAGAGAGCCAAUUUGGUAA